AUCACCCAGAAGGGCUAUGAAAAGAAAAGGUCCAAACUCCUAUCUCCUUACAGCCCGCAGACACAAGAAACUGAUUCAGCAGUACAGAAAGAACUUAGAAACCAGACACCUGCUCCAUCUACAGCUCAAACUUCUGCUCCAUCUACAGCUCAAACUUCUGCUCCCUCUAAGUACCACCGAACUCGAUCCGGGGGAGCCAGGGAUGAACGAUAUCGAUCAGAUAUUCACACAGAAGCAGUUCAGGCUGCACUGGCAAAGCAUAAAGAACAGAAGAUGGCUUUGCCCAUGCCAACCAAAAGGCGAUCCACAUUUGUUCAGUCUCCUGCAGAUGCCUGCACGCCUCCUGAGAAUUUCUCUGCUCCUCCUGAUGUCACUACAACUACCUCUUCCUCCUCCUCAUCUUCCUCAAUUCGCCCAGCAAACAUUGACCUGCCCCCCUCGGGGAUAGUUAAAGGCAUGCACAAAGGAUCCAACAGGUCCAGCCUUAUGGAUACAGCUGAUGGUGUUCCUGUCAGUAGCAGAGUAUCUACAAAAAUCCAGCAGCUUCUGAACACUCUGAAACGACCCAAAAGGCCUCCCUUAAAAGAAUUUUUUGUAGAUGACUCUGAAGAAAUUGUGGAAGUACCUCAGCCAGACCCCAACCAGCCCAAGCCGGAGGGACGGCAGAUGACCCCUGUGAAAGGAGAGCCUUUAGGAGUCAUCUGUAACUGGCCUCCUGCUCUUGAAUCUGCCCUGCAGCGCUGGGGUACCACUCAAGCAAAAUGCUCCUGUCUGACUGCACUGGACAUGACAGGGAAACCAGUUUACACUCUUACAUAUGGAAAGUUGUGGAGCAGAAGUUUAAAGUUGGCCUACACACUUCUUAAUAAACUGGGGACCAAAAAUGAACCUGUGUUAAAACCUGGAGACAGGGUAGCCCUGGUUUACCCCAACAAUGAUCCAGUCAUGUUUAUGGUGGCUUUUUAUGGAUGCCUCCUGGCAGAAGUGAUUCCAGUGCCUAUAGAGGUACCUCUUACCAGAAAGGAUGCUGGAGGUCAGCAGAUUGGCUUCUUGCUAGGAAGCUGUGGUAUUGCCUUAGCUCUUACCAGUGAAGUUUGUCUAAAAGGACUGCCAAAAACCCAGAAUGGAGAAAUUGUACAGUUUAAAGGUUGGCCCCGGCUCAAAUGGGUUGUAACAGAUUCCAAGUACCUUUCAAAGCCCCCGAAAGACUGGCAGCCACACAUCUCACCUGCUGGGACAGAACCGGCGUACAUUGAGUAUAAAACAAGCAAAGAAGGGAGUGUAAUGGGAGUUACAGUGUCCCGGCUUGCAAUGUUGUCUCACUGCCAAGCUCUGUCGCAGGCCUGCAAUUAUUCUGAAGGGGAAACAAUAGUAAAUGUCUUAGACUUUAAGAAGGAUGCUGGGCUGUGGCACGGCAUGUUUGCGAAUGUAAUGAAUAAGAUGCACACAAUUAGUGUACCCUACUCUGUUAUGAAAACCUGUCCUCUCUCUUGGGUCCAAAGAGUACAUGCUCACAAAGCCAAGGUAGCUUUAGUAAAAUGUCGGGACUUGCACUGGGCUAUGAUGGCACAUCGGGACCAAAGAGACGUGAGCUUGAGUUCCCUCCGAAUGUUAAUUGUGACUGAUGGAGCUAACCCCUGGUCCGUGUCAUCCUGUGAUGCCUUCCUGAGUCUGUUCCAAAGCCAUGGACUGAAGCCUGAGGCCAUCUGUCCGUGCGCCACGUCUGCUGAAGCCAUGACUGUAGCAAUCCGCAGGCCUGGAGUUCCAGGAGCCCCUUUGCCAGGAAGAGCCAUUCUCUCAAUGAAUGGAUUGAGCUAUGGGGUAAUACGGGUCAAUACUGAAGAUAAAAAUUCAGCACUGACAGUCCAGGAUGUGGGGCAUGUAAUGCCUGGUGGGAUGAUGUGCAUUGUGAAACCAGAUGGACCUCCCCAGCUCUGCAAAACAGAUGAAAUUGGAGAAAUCUGUGUUAGCUCCAGAACUGGAGGCAUGAUGUACUUUGGGCUUGCCGGUGUGACAAAAAAUACAUUUGAGGUAAUUCCAGUGAAUUCUGCAGGCUCUCCUGUUGGGGAUGUGCCAUUCAUCCGAUCAGGAUUGCUGGGGUUUGUAGGGCCGGGUAGUUUGGUGUUCGUGGUUGGGAAAAUGGAUGGCUUACUGAUGGUUAGUGGUCGGAGACAUAACGCUGAUGACAUUGUUGCUACUGGAUUGGCUGUAGAGGCAAUAAAGACUGUUUAUAGAGGAAGAAUUGCUGUGUUUUCUGUGUCUGUAUUUUAUGAUGAGCGCAUUGUGGUGGUUGCGGAACAAAGACCUGAUGCUUCCGAGGAAGAUAGUUUCCAGUGGAUGAGCCGCGUGCUGCAGGCGAUCGAUAGCAUUCAUCAAGUGGGGGUUUAUUGUCUUGCUCUGGUGCCGGCCAAUACAUUGCCAAAAACUCCACUAGGAGGAAUUCAUAUAUCUCAGACGAAACAACUCUUUCUGGAGGGAUCGCUGCAUCCUUGCAAUAUCCUCAUGUGCCCACAUACAUGUGUGACAAACUUGCCAAAGCCCCGGCAAAAACAACCAGGUGUAGGCCCUGCUUCCGUGAUGGUUGGGAAUCUGGUUGCUGGAAAACGUAUAGCACAAGCUGCUGGAAGGGAUCUGGGACAAAUAGAAGAGAAUGAUUUGGUGAGGAAGCACCAGUUUCUGGCAGAGAUCCUACAGUGGCGAGCCCAGGCGACUCCUGACCAUGUACUCUUCAUGCUGUUAAAUGCCAAGGGAACCACUGUAUGCACAGCCAGCUGCCUUCAGCUUCAUAAACGAGCAGAGAGGAUUGCGGCCGUUCUUGGUGAUAAGGGACAUCUAAAUGCAGGAGAUAAUGUGGUGUUGCUCUAUCCACCUGGCAUUGAGUUAAUCGCUGCCUUCUAUGGCUGCCUGUAUGCGGGCUGUAUACCUGUGACGGUCAGACCUCCACAUGCUCAGAACCUCACGGCCACGCUGCCCACUGUCCGAAUGAUUGUUGAUGUCAGCAAAGCAGCCUGUAUUCUCACCGGUCAGACCCUAAUGCGGCUACUGAGGUCCCGAGAGGCAGCAGCAGCAGUGGAUGUGAAAACCUGGCCAACCAUCAUUGACACAGAUGAUUUACCCAGGAAAAGGUUACCUCAGCUGUAUAAACCACCCACUCCUGAGAUGUUGGCAUAUCUUGAUUUUAGUGUCUCCACAACUGGCAUGCUUACAGGAGUGAAGAUGUCCCACUCUGCAGUGAACGCUCUGUGUCGAGCCAUCAAGCUCCAGUGUGAGUUGUACUCUUCUCGGCAGAUCGCCAUCUGCCUUGACCCUUACUGUGGACUUGGCUUCGCGCUCUGGUGUCUCUGCAGUGUCUAUUCAGGCCACCAGUCUGUCUUAAUUCCUCCUAUGGAGUUAGAGAACAACCUUUUCCUCUGGCUCGCCACGGUCAACCAGUACAAAAUAAGGGACACUUUCUGCUCCUAUUCAGUGAUGGAGCUCUGCACCAAAGGACUUGGCAACCAAGUGGAAGUGCUAAAGACCAGAGGGAUCAAUCUCUCCUGCGUCCGGACCUGUGUGGUGGUGGCGGAGGAGCGGCCCCGCGUUGCACUCCAGCAGUCCUUCUCCAAGCUCUUCAAAGACAUUGGGCUGUCCCCGCGGGCUGUCAGCACCACUUUUGGAUCAAGAGUCAAUGUAGCAAUAUGUUUACAGGGAACCUCAGGGCCUGAUCCGACUACUGUGUAUGUGGAUCUGAAAUCACUAAGACAUGACAGGGUUCGUCUUGUGGAACGCGGUGCCCCUCAGAGUUUGCUUCUCUCGGAGUCUGGAAAGAUUUUACCUGGAGUGAAAGUGGUUAUUGUUAAUCCUGAGACCAAAGGGCCAGUUGGAGACUCUCACCUUGGAGAGAUUUGGGUGAACAGUCCCCAUACAGCCAGCGGCUACUACACCAUCUAUGAUAGUGAGACUCUUCAAGCUGAUCAUUUCAACACUCGCCUCAGCUUUGGAGAUGUGGCUCAGACACUCUGGGCUCGGACAGGAUACCUUGGUUUUGUCCGCCGGACUGAGCUCACAGCGGCCACUGGAGAGCGUCAUGAUGCAUUGUAUGUGGUGGGAGCGCUGGAUGAAACACUGGAGCUGAGAGGAUUACGAUACCACCCGAUUGAUAUUGAGACCUCGGUGUCCCGGAUCCACAGAAGCAUUGCUGAAUGUGCCGUGUUUACGUGGACCAACUUGCUUGUGGUGGUUGUGGAACUGUGCGGCUCUGAACAGGAAGCCCUAGAUCUGGUCCCGUUAGUGACCAACGUGGUCCUGGAAGAGCAUUACCUCAUCGUUGGCGUCGUGGUUGUGGUGGAUCCAGGCGUCAUCCCGAUCAACUCCAGAGGAGAGAAGCAGAGGAUGCACCUCCGUGAUAGCUUCCUAGCUGACCAGUUAGACCCCAUCUACGUGGCUUAUAACAUGUAACGAGCUUUGUGGGGACUGCAGGGGGCCAUUCUGAAGAAUCACAAAGACAGAAGACCUCUGGCUAGGAGCAGGCUUUCAAACGAUGUGAAAUAAGCUGAGAUGGCUACAUGAUAUUCUUCAUCUCAUCCUGUGGGAUUCUGCAAUCAUAAAACACACAGGAAAGGGGAAUUCUGUGCGGGCAAAUGAAAAAAAUGUUAACAUUUGGUAGACAUGUGCUUUGAUAUAGCGUGAGCAGCACGUUACUAAAGCAAUUACAUGCAUGUUGCAUUUUUUUCAUCUGUUGUACAUACUUGUAUUUUUAUCUAAUGCCGUUUUAGAAUUUUCUAAGAGAAUUUAAUGAAUUCACAUGAAAGGGGUAGUCUGAGUGACACAGUUCCCCACUCCGUACUGUAUUUGCCAUUCUGCCGUAGCUAGAUGUUCUGUGGGGUUUGUUAACAUGGAACUACUCAGCUUUCUUUCAGUCAACCCAUAAGCAAAUCAGAUAACCCACUGACUAUGAGAAUUACUUUAUAUAGAUAAUUAUUGACUGUAAAACAUUUUGACCAGUGUCUUACAACAUGUACAUAAGAAUACACAUAAUUCAGGUAGAGAUUUGAAGAAUUGGCUUGUCUAGUUAUAACAACCACAGUAGAAACAUUUCUACUUUGAGAGAAUUUCAAUAUUCUCUUAAUGUUGUGUAAUUGAUUAGGUGACUAAAAAGUGCAAAUUGUUGGCAGGUUUUGCUGCACAUUGUUCUAUGUCUUUGUUGGCUGGUAUAUUUUAUAAACUAGAGCUGCCUAUGUUUGUUUUUAAAGCUCGCAUUCCCGGAAUCAGCUUAGGCUUCUAUGAAUUCAGCUUGUUUCUAAAAGCUGAAAAUCUCAGUUUAAAAAUCAAAAUGUUAACACAAAGCUAAGAUUCAUCAGAGCCCACCCUAUUCUAAGGAACCACGAUAACUUACUCUGGCCCCAGUUUUAAAACGAUCUUUCAGAUUUAGAGUGACUAUGUAAGAAUUCAGGAUUUCCUCUUUUCCAGGCCCAUUGUAAACUGUGUCUACAGUUUAUCCAUAUAACUUCUCUUUUCUGAAAACUGAGGAGUGUCCUCUGUUCUUCCAGUUCAUGAGGGCAGGGGGUUUAAAACAAGAAUGAUAGGCCAGGAAGGCAGUGGGGAUCCACCGUCACAUGGAACUGUAAGGCCAUAUAACUACACAAAACUGACCAAUCUGGGUUGCCAAAGCAGCCAGGCUUAUGCUGAAACCGGGGAAGUCUGACGUAUGCAGGAAAUUCUUUUGAAAUAACUGUGGUGCCCAGGCCAAGCAGAGUGAGACAGGACUGAGUUUGGCCUCUGACUCGGUUUCCUUUCUUUGGUCUGAUACUUCAUGUAUUUGAAUAUAGUUAAAUCUUAUUAUUUUUUUCUUAACAGAAAUAUUUUUAAAAACAAAAAAGUACUCAAAAGUGAAAAGAGUUAACUUGUUAAAGCAGAAUGGUUCUCUUUGACCCACUCUGGUCUAUUGUGUAAAUAUUUAGACUAUUUUAGUAAUACAUAUUAUUUACCCCACUGUAACAUCAUGUAAACUAAGUAUGUUUUUAAACAAUUUUUAAGACUUGUAAUUACCCUGAAAAUAAGGUUUAUAAUGCAAAGACCAGCUCCUUUGCGGUGGCAGUGCUCUGGGGCUGCCAUUACCCGGCCUUCUGACUAAAAGCCACUUUGUGACUCCCUUCACGUAAUCCUCUUUUCCUCCCCACUCCUCCACAGAGGGCAGAGCUCAGGACAUUUGCCAGUUCCAGAUCUCUUUUUCAGCAUUUCGAUGGAAUUAAUUUACACGUGAUGAGGGAAGUCCUAGGAUGGACAGAAAAAAAAGCACUUACAUUGGGGCACCCAGGAAAUCCCAGUGUCUAGCGAUGGUUUGGUUUGCAGAGAACACAGCCUGAUACUUGGAAAGUAAUUUUCUUAAAACCAUUUUUAAUGAUUCACUAAACAAAGCAGGGGAUCCUGAAGCUAAUAUAAAUAAGUCUAGCUCUAUAAUCCCCAAGUUCUAAAAGUUAUGGUUAGAUGCUAUUCUGUGGGUUGCUUUGAUAAUUCUUACUAACACAGAUUAGGGUAUAGGCAUCUAGAGAUGCAUGGUCCACUGUAAAUACUAUAAUGAGAGCCACAUCUGUAAUUAAAUUUUUCUAGUAACCACAUUUUUUAAAAAUAAAAAGAAACCCAUGGUAUUGAUUUAAAUAUAUUUUAUUCAACCCAAUAGCUCGAAAACACUAUCAUUUCAACAUAGGAUCAAUAUAAAAAUUAUUAAUGAGGUAUUUUACUUUUUUUCAUAUUAGGCCUUUGAAAUUCAGUGUGCAUUAAACACAUCUCAGUCCAAACCAUCGCCAUAUUUCAAGUCUUUGUAGCCAAAUGUGACUAGUGGCUAUCAUAUUAGACAGUGCAGAUGUAUACUCAUUCCUUCAAAUACAUUACUCCGUUAAUCUCAAAGUGUGGCCAACUCCCAGUUACUUAGAGGCUGAUUAUCUAGUUUUGUAGUUCCUCAGGCCUCUAAUUUACUUUUUGCUUUCUGCUUUAUUGAUUUUUUUGCAUGUCCCCCAAAGCCAGAAUCUGCUCAUGGAGGAAGGAAGGCUAAGAACUGUCCUUGAGGAACUUCAUCAGUAACUCUGGGAAAGCAUCCUGUGGAGGGAGAGGAGAACCCAGUCAUUUGCUUAGAUGGUGUUUGUGGGAUGACCUGCAGAUUUAAAGUCUACUGUGCCACAGACUCGAGUAAGAAAAUCUUCUCUUGAUGACACAGUGCUCCUUCUCUAUCCACAUUAAGUAGCACUUUUGUGGUGGAACUGAUUCUUAAGGCAGGCCUGAAAGGCCAUUACUAAUAGAAACACAGCCUUUCCAAUCCUCUGGAACAUAUUCUGUCUGGGUUUUUAAUGUCUGUGGAAAAAAACUAAACAAGCCCCUGUCUCAGUUAAGAGAAAUCUCUUGGUCUGAAGGUUUCUGAACCUCUUUCUAGUUCUCAGCAGAAGUAACUGAAGUAGAUCAGGAAGGGGCUGCCUCAGGAAAAUUCCUAGGCCCUAGGAAUUCACUGAGACCCUGGGAAGGACCAGCAUGCUAAUCAGCAUCAGUGAAUCCACAGUCUUUACUUCCUGCCUCACAAAGGGCCAGGUCUCCCCAGUGCCAGGUCCUUUCCUCAUGAAGUUGUGUUGCCUCAGGCUGUUUAGGGACCAUUGCCUGUCUUGGUCACUUGAGUCUGUCUCCUUACUUUAGUCCCUGGGCAAUGCUUGCUUAAUGCUUUUGUUGACUCAACAAGGGCCGAGGCCUUAGGUUUUCUAUUAAGGUCUCUGCCCCAGGCAUGGUGCUCUAUAUCUUGGCCAAAUAAAUUACUUUCCUUGAAUAUCCAGGAAUCUUUUAGACUAAAGCAAUGAGGAGUUAUCACCUCAUCCUCAAACUCCAACAAGAUCUAUGCCUUAGUGUUGUUUUUGUUGUCUGCUUUGAUGUAAAAGCAACAGUAUUUGGAGCAAGAAGCUGCAGUACUCCAAAUACACAAUAGGCCUUUUCUUUAUCAUUCAUACAGCAUUUCUGGUUUAGGUGUAUGUAGAUGGGCCAUGUUAUUUGUCCAGAGGAAGAGACUGUAAAGAUACAAGAAUAAUUUUUUAGUCCUAAAUGCUGUUUUGUUUACUUUCUGUCAAGAUAUUUACCCGUGUCAAAUUCAAACUACAGUACUGUGUAAUUAUGUAUAAAGUUUUUUUAUUUAUUUGAAGUUAGACUAGAUAUACAUUUUUAAAUUUAACAUCUGGCUGGACAGUGUUCUAUUAACUCAUUGAAUGUGUUUCCUUUGUCUUGUGUUAAUAAAUAUUGAUGCCUGA